AUGCUUGCUGAGGUGCACGGCGAGCCCCAGGACUCUGGCUCUUUUAGGAGGAUGUGCUGUGUCUGCAUCCGGAAGGUGCCUGCAAGAAAUGCAAAGAAGAAGGGCGUAUUCUGGGGGAUUGAAGUGGCUGAAACACUCAGGUGGCAUGGCUGGGAACUUGGAAAAGAAAUGAUCAAACAUCUGAUCUUGAAAAACGUUCAUGAGAAAACCCAGAAGCUGAGCUACAGAUGUCCUUCCACGCGAUUCUUCUUCACUGUUUUUCCACAGCCGAUCACUCUGAGCCCUGGUAUGUCCUUAACACUCCCCAUCGUUUUCCGGCCCACUGAAAAGAAGGAGUAUGAAGACAGCAUCUGCUUUAAGAAAGCUGAGGGUGAAUUCUCUGUCACCCUGCGUGCUACACUUCCACACUCCUGUCUGUCCUUGCCAGCUGCUGUCCAGUUGCCCAUCUGUGCUGUCCACAAUGUCACAGAGACAACCUUCCUUGUACGCAACACUGGUGAUCUUGUCACUGCGUUUGCCUGGGAGACACCAAGCCCUUUCUACAUGAUUCCUGACUGGGGCACGCUGAACCCAGGUGCUGAGUGUAGAGUCAAGGUGGGCUUCCAGCCCAAGGUGGCUGCCGUGUAUGAUGUGGUAGCAACGUGCUGGUUUGGAGAUGAGGAGAAACAAAAUAGGACUAUCCAGCUAAAAGCCCAGGCCAAAUAUCCCUACCUGCGAGUGAGUGUGACAGAAGAAGAGUAUGAAGAUGCACAGCCUGGGAAGUUUCAGGAUGUGCUGUGCUUUGGAUCAGUGUCAGUGGGGACAACUGUGGAGAAGUGUGUAGAAAUCUUCAACAUGUCUGUGGUAGAUGCACCAUGUAGGAUUGAAAGAGUAAAAGACACACCACUUCAAGAUCAAAUUUUCUUCUGUGAUCAGUUGCAUGCUGUUGUCCCUGCUAAAGGGAAGCUGGUCUUGUGUAUACGAUUUCAGCCACAGAGAGCAGGAGAGCACAGUACUGACUAUUUCACUAUCACGUCUGCUGGAGGCCUCCUGCAGACUGUCCUGAAGGUGGUUGGCUCAUGUAAAGGUCCUUUGGUGUCCCUACACCAGCACUUUGUGGACUUUGACUGGAUCAAUAUUGGGGAAAGUUUGAUGCAGAUAUUGAAAAUCAGCAACACCUCAGAUGUCUCGGCCUAUUACCAGUUUGAUAUUGAUAGCAGAGGGAGCGUCUUCUCCUUGGAUCGCCCCUGUGGAGUCUUGGAGGGUACAACAACACUAGAGCUAAAGGUGACAUUUCGACCUACUCACCCCAUCAGCUAUCAUCGCAGAGUGGUGUGCCUUGUCCACCAUCAGGAACCCAUGUAUGUGGACUUUUUUGGUACCUGCCAUUCAGACACAGUUAAGCCAGCCAUCCUCCAGGCAAGACACCUCUCCUGGUACCGAACCAACAUGGUGAGAGGACUGACCUUCUAUCCCCCUGAUAUCCUGAGUGUGAUGCUGAAGGAUGGGAAGUUGCAGAUGGAUGAAAAAGGAGCCCUCAUGCUGCCCCUUGAGAUCCCUCAGAAUGAGCCUCCCAAGGAAUACUUUGAAGCCAAUUCUAUGACUGAAUAUUUCUACGAUGGUGUAAGCAGUGACCUGGCCUUGUUUCCCCCUCAUGUCAGCAUCAGCCCCAGCGAGUAUGAUUUUGGUCACGUGCUGCUGCACAAGGUAGAACCAUUUCCUCUCUGCGUGACCAACCACACCAAAGGAACAAUCACUGUUGCCUGGACUCCAAGUCGCAACAGUGCCUUCCGAGUGAGACCUGAAAUCUGUGAUAUCCCACCUUUGAAGUCUUCAGCCUUCCGUGUCCUUUUCUAUCCCACUCAACUCAACAGUCUCUAUGCAGCAGAGCUGGAAAGUUUUGCCUUCUACAAGGUGCUGAGACAUUACAGCAACAUUGAAGAGGGUGCCACCAUCUGUCCAUCCUGGUGCCUGACUGUGAGGGUGAGAGCGCACACGUUUGAAGUGGAACGGGAGCACUUCAUCCCACAGUACAUCCUGGAUGUCCCCAAGGCUUUUCCUCCUGUGUAUCCUAACACUGAUACCUGCUGCAGUAUGCUGCUCUCAAACACAGGCACCUCAUUGAUUACCUUCAGUGUGGACAAAGCUGCUUGUCGCUCUGUUUUGGUCAAGCCCUGCUCAGGACACAUCAUUCCAGGAGGUCACCAGAUUUUCUUUCUCUCCACUCACCCAGUCAACACGGUCUCACAGCAGCAUGUCCUGCCUUUGCAGCUGAACUCUUGUCCAGGAUACACUAAGGAGAUUGCUCUCCAGAGUUGUGGGGAGUCCUUCGUCUUGCUCUUAGAAGGUGAUGGAAAACUGUACUUCAAGCCCAUCUAUAUAGGGACCUCCACUACACGAAUGUAUACCAUAAAAAACUGCACAAGACUACCCAUGGUUUUCACAUGGAAGAUCCAUCAGUCUGACAGCAAGAUCCUGUCUGUCAGCCCCACUGCAGGGAUCCUCCAGCCCUAUGAAGCCAUGGCUCAGGCAUGGACUUUUACUCCUGAUAAGGAGACCAAGUAUCUACUGCGAGCUACGGUCUUUGUGGGGAGGGUGAACCCAGACCCUGUGUCUCCCAAAAGAGUCCAUUAUGCCUUACGAAUUAUUGGAGAGGGAGCACUGGGCACCAUCAAGGCACAAAAGGAGCACCUGGACCUUGGAAAUGUUCUGGUUGGUGACCUGCAAAGCUGCAGUGUUGUACUGCUAAAUGAUGGGAUUUGUUCUCUGAAGUAUAUCCUCAGUGUGGAACAACUGAUCACUGGGCCUUGUGACCCUGAAGAGGUCAACAGCGAUCCAGUAGCUUUAGAGCUGGAACACAUUAGGGGGACAAUCCCUGCAAGGUCAAAAGCUUUUGUCCGAGUAACAGUCAUGCCAGCCCGUCGACUGCAUUACACCUGGUCAAUCAAAUACACUAUUUGCAACACCACAGCUACAGAUCUUGUGAGAACAGAAGAGGAGAAGAAGCCUCUCUGCUGCAUCAUAGCAACAGGCGUCUACCCAACUUUCUGCAUCACAGAUGCCUGUUCAGCAGGGAGUGCCAGUGGUAUCAGCAAGUCACACCUCUGGAGGCUCUUUUCUUUGGACACACUGAAUGAAUACUUGGAGCAAGACCCGACUCCCGAUGAGCUCACCUACAGAGUUCCCACAAGGCACAGCACAUGCUUGACCCCUCCAGUGUACACCCCUCUUCUGCUGGACUUCAACUUUGGGGCUGCCCCAGUAGGCUCAGAGCCUAGCCUUGUGGUGCUGCUGCUGGUGAACACGGGUGUGGUGCCUGUGGAGUGGGCCUUCUUGUUUCCUUCUGAUCAGAAGAUGGACAUGGAGCACUGGGCAGAGGAUGCUGAUUUUAGCCCCCAUGAGCUGAAUCACAUGAGAAUUCAGGAUAACCAGCUCUUCAGUGUUUCCCCAAAGUCAGGGAAACUUCUUCCAGGACAGGAGGAAUCAGUCCAGCUCUUACACAGACAUGAUUUCAUUGGCACCAAUCACCUCCCUGUCCUGCUGAAGGUUUCCUAUGGUCGUGAGAUUCUGCUGAACUUCAGUGGUGUGACCUUGGAACAGGAUCAGCGGUACCUUCAUUUUGCAUCCACUAAGCACCUCUUCACACCCAUUGCCAUUGGGACCUCCCAACCACCCACACAGAUUUAUGAACUCUACAAUGGUGGCUCCAUGCCUGUGAUGUUUGAGGUUCAGCUGGACAACAUUGUGAGGAUCCAGGAGGAGAAUUUUCAGCAUCCUGUGUUUGUGUGCCUAACUCCUAGGGGAGAAAUCCCCCCUGGCACAACAGGAUAUAUUGAGUGGAUCUUCUCACCACUAGAAGCCAGAACAUACUGGGUCAUUGUUCCCAUCCACAUCCUUGGGGGUGAAUCAGCUCUGAUCACAUUCCAGGGAGCAGGCUAUGAUCCAAAUACCAUAGGAGACACUGCCACAUCCAGUGAAGUUUUGUCUCCUUUAGUAUUUCCAGGUUCUACCAAGCUAACUGUGCCUGAGCAGGCAGUCACCUUGUCACACCACAGGAUUUGUUUUGGAAAUAUCCCAGACUGCACCAAAGCCAGUCGACUUGUCUUUCUCAACAGUGCCUCGGAGAAUAAGGCUGUUACAUUUGUCUGGCGGAUAAGCACCUGUAAAGACAAGAGGGCAUUGAAGAUUGCUCCAGAGUCAGGGGUUGUGCAACCUGGAGAGAGCAUCCCCUGCUUCAUCACCCUGCAACCUUCAGGAAGUGCUUUCUACAGUAUAGAUCUGGUGUGUGAGGUACACAUCCAUGAGGCCCUGGUUCAGUACAAGAGGGGCCUGAAGGAGUGGGAAAGGGAGAAGGAACGGCAGGCUGUGGAAUUCACCAUCACAGAGAAGGACCUUGGCAAUAAGAAGAAGCCAAAGUUACCUGCAGGUAGGUCAUCAGAUUCUGCUGAGACAGAAAAUCUCCCUGAAUCCCCAGCUGUGCUCAGGAAAUACAAGACAUUACCCUCUAUUAAAAACCAUCUUAUGCCCAUUCUUCCGGCUGGGCACUUUGAGAGGAGGCUGUUGGACAAAGAAGCCAGCCAUGUAUGGGUCAAACCAGAGCCUCCCAAGCCCAUUCUCUUACAUCUUGGUGUGACAGCAAGAUCCUACUCUGCUGAGGACUUCUUCAGCAACUUCACCUCAGAGUUCCCCAAAUAUUUCUUGUCCUGCCCCUCCAGCGACUGGCCCUUGGAGAGCAAGUUUGUGGAUGGGACUAGAGACAGAGACAAGAUGGACAUGGAUCCCAAAUGGCUGUCCCUGGCUGCUGCUUCCAAACAGGAGUUGCAGAUAGUGACUCACAUACUCACUGGUGUCAUCAGAGGCCUCUUGGAGAACACACAGUUCCAUGAUGCAGUGAGAAGAAACCUGGAUGAGCCCAUUCCAUAUUUCUCCCAGUUCCAGUGUAAAGAAUCAGCAGAGCUCCAGGACACGGAACAGUGCUCCACGAUCUUCUCCAGAGUAUCUGCUUCCUCAGAUCUUUACCCUGAGAAGGAUGGAGAGAGGAAAGAAAUGAGGCAGGAAACUUCUCCCAAGAAUGAUUUGCUGGAGUCUUGGGAGAGGAUGAGUGAGAUUUUGCACUACGAGCAGUUGAGGGAGCAGAGGGAGAUGAUGAGCAGGCAGCCAGUGCUUGGGAACCUGGUGGAGCUGGUGCUGGAAAACACACUGCAGAACAUCCUGAUUGAAGCCAGCCGUGGAGAGGUGGUGCUGACAGCCCAGCCCAGGGUCAUUGCUCUGCCCUCCAGCCCUUUCCCAAGAAUCACCAAUCCAGCACCCCCUGCCUCAAAGGCAGAGCUGCUGGCUGGGCAGUGUGCUGCUUGAGCUCUGCAAGCACAUCAAGCAUCUCCAUUCUUCAUCCAGUCCUUGUGAUGUCCAGAGCAACUUUGAUCCUCCUACACCAUGACCUGACCUCAGCGUGCUGCCUGCCUCUUGGGAGAUAUGCCCUAAUUAUGUCCUCAGCUCCAGUUUGAAUCAUCCGGGAACUCCACAGCAUGGUUCAUGAGAUGUCUCUUCUCUGGCUGGCCGCAUCACUGGGAAACCACCUCUUUGUGCUACAGGGAGCUUAUGGACAACUGCUGUGACUGUUCCCACUCCCCCCACUCUGAACCAGCUGGGUGGCAAGUGGAGUCUGCUUUGAAGCAUAGCUGAGGAAGGACUAACAGCUGGGCACUGAGGUGCUAAGCCCCUGCUGGCAUCAGUAGGACACAGGUACUGAACCCCCCUCCCCUCCUUGCUCCAGUGGCUGCCGCAGGUCCCACCUGCAACCCAGGUGCAACCCAGCCCGAGAGAGCGGCUGCAGCACCGUGUAGAACA